GUCCUACACAGUGGGCAGCGCGAUUGCAAAAUCAGUGAGAGGCUCUGAAACCGAGGCUGCAACGUCAUGCACAAACUCGAAACCUCACCCAGGCAAGCGAGAGCGAGCGAAAAGAGGGACAAACGCAAACACGGCGGAGCAACGGAGAGGGGAAAACUGUUGAUCUCAGAAGCAGAGCAGGAUGCGUGAGUACAAGCUGGUGGUCCUGGGCUCGGGAGGCGUGGGGAAGUCCGCUCUGACCGUACAGUUCGUUCAAGGAAUAUUUGUGGAAAAGUACGACCCCACGAUAGAAGACUCGUACAGGAAGGCAAUGGAAGUGGACGGGCAGCAGUGCAUGCUGGAGAUCCUGGACACGGCGGGAACGGAACAAUUCACAGCCAUGCGGGACCUGUACAUGAAGAACGGGCAGGGCUUCGCCCUGGUGUACUCCAUAACGGCACAGUCCACCUUCAACGACCUGCAGGACCUGAGGGAGCAGAUCCUCCGGGUCAAGGACACCGACGACGUUCCCAUGAUCCUCGUGGGGAACAAGUGCGACCUGGAGGACGAGCGGGUGGUGGGGAAGGAGCAGGGCCAGAACCUGGCCCGCCAGUGGAACAGCUGCGCCUUCUUAGAGUCUUCCGCCAAGUCCAAGAUUAACGUUAACGAGAUCUUCUAUGACCUGGUUCGGCAAAUCAACAGGAAAACCCCAGCACCCGGGAAGGCCCGCAAAAAGUCCACCUGCCAGCUGCUCUAAUGCACAGCCACACUGUCUCUCUGAGCCAGGUCUGAUAAAAAAACUGCUGUCUCUCCCGGCAGUGCCAGCAUCCCGACUUUACUAAACCUAACAUUCGGCGGACUUUCCUGCGUGGUGUGUUGACGACCUUCAACGACCGAGAUCCAGCGUGCGAACCACCCACCUGCGGACUCAAACGCCUCCCACAUCGGCUUUGCACAUCCCUAACUGAGAUCACCCCGCGGCGUGGUCAGAUCUUUACACAUAUAUGUGUGUGCAUAUAUGUGUGUGUGUGUAUAUACAUAUAUGUACAUAUAUAUGUGUGUAUGUAUAUAUAAAUAAAUAAAAAUAGCGGUAUGCAACUGAAAUGAGACCAAGAACCUACACACAGUAUUAUUGCUAUCAGCAAGCAUCCUUCUCCAGUUGCCAAGGUGACCGUCAGAGAUUGAUGUGUGUCCAGGCUAUAGAAAUCGCCCGGUGUUUGAGUUGGUGAGUACAACAGUGUAAUAUAUAAAAUCACCACUAUCCUAGCAAGAGAAACCAGAAAGUCCAAAGAACACCUAUAUAGCCUAUUUCAUAUAGCUAACUUUACUCCUCUGGUGUUUUCUACUUUUACUUUAUUUUUUUUCCAGACCUUUGUUUUUGUUCUUCUUUUUUUUUUUUUUUUUUUUAAGUUACUAGAUUUUUGUUCAAGAUGCUAUAUUGCGACUGCUAUUAAUAUGAUUUUAUCUUAGGACAACCUGUGGAAACAGUAACAUCUGUGUAUAAUAAAAAAAUAUAAUGGAUCCCUGUCACUAUUGUCUCUAGCCUAAGGUGUUGCCUUUGAGGUAAAUCCAACUGAAUUCCAAUCAAUCGUUGAUUGUGUGUAAUAUUUUUGCUUUGUUUACAUAGAUGUUUGUACAGUGGGGGUUUACAAGAGGGAUUCUAGAGAGAAGGACAGGGCAGGUGGCCUUGCUUUUGAGCAUGAGAGUCGAUGACUACCCUUUUUUUUUUUUUUUUAAUAUAAACGUCUUCAGAAAACGUCUCAACGUUUUUCUUCCUUCGGUUUGGGUCCAGGAAAAGAAAUUCAUACCGGGGCAACCGUUCGAUCCUUCUCCGUAGAAUCCUCCGUCUACAACAGGAAGAUUAUAUUUUAAAAUGAGGGUUUAUAAGAAAAAAAAUCAAUAAAAAAAGUCAUUGGUGAAGUCGUUCUCCAUGCUUGUGUGGCUGUAGAUUCUCACUGUAUCUCCUUCACCCUAGCCCCGCCCCGCCUGUUCCUGCGUCCAUUGUGAAUGGAGGAUAUGAAUACCAAAUACUGGGUCCAGUUUAGUUUUUAAGAAACUCAUGUUAGUGAUUGUUUCACCUGUGUAAUAUAUGGGUUGAGGUGUUUCUUCACGGACGAGUAACUGUGGGGUUUGUCAGUAGUGAAUGUCAAAGACUUCUUUAAAAAAGAAAAAGAAAAAUCAAGGUUAACCGGAGGGUGGAGUGAAAGUUGCAAGUUUUUUUUCCAGUAGUUUCUGCUGAAUUAUUUAAAAAAGAAUGCCUUGUUGCUUUGUAUGCAUCAAAAAAAACAAAAAAAAAAAAAAACAA